AUGUUUGAGCAUCUCUUGAACGAAAAAGGUAUGUUCCAUGAAUUCACUGCGCUCAAUUCAUCUUCUCAAAAUAAAGAUGCUGAAGAGUCUUUGAGACAAAUCAGAACGAACAUGAGACAACUAUUAAUUGAGUCUAGUAUUCCAAGUCAUUAUGGGACAUUAGCAAUAAUUCAUUUGAUCUAUUUGCUCAGUUAUUUGCCAAGCAUAGAUAAAUCAGUAAUUAAGUUAUCUUCAAUUGUUCUGUUUAACACUGGUCUUGAAAUUGAUUCCAUUCACCAAAAUUACAACAGAAUCGCCACUUGGGACAUGAGUUUACAGGAGCUGAACCAAUUGUAUGCUAAUAGAAGCAUCUGCUAUUGUUAA